CACCUACGCACCAUGUCCACGCAAAUCUCUACUGUUGCCGUGUACGGCGCCGGCCUCAUGGGCGCCGGCAUCGCGCAGGUGUGCGCGCAAGCCGGCGUGCGCGUGCACCUCGUCGACGUGAGCGACGCCGCGAUAUCAAACGGGUUGGGCAUCAUCCGCGCGUCCGCCGCGCGCGUGGGGAAGAAGGCGGGCGAAGAGCCGCAAGCAUACGUCGCGCAAGUGUUGGGGCGCAUUCAGACGUACACUGAUCCCGCGGCUGCCGUCGCCGGCGUCGACCUCGUCAUCGAGAGCAUCGUGGAAGACCUCGCACUCAAGCAAGCCCUAUUUGCCGCGCUGGACCGCGUCGCGGCGCCGCAUACGCUCUUCGCGUCGAACACGUCGGCGCUGCUCAUCGCCGAGAUUGCGGCGGACGUCUCCGACGCGCGCAAAGCCUUGUUCGGCGGACUGCACUUUUCGAACCCCGUCCCCGUCAUGAAGUUCUGCGAGGUCAUCCACACCCCCGCCACCAGCCCCGCCACGCACGCCGCGCUCCUGUCCUUCGCCCGCCGGCUGGGCAAAGACCCCGUAACGUGCCGAGACACGCCCGGCUUCAUCCUCAACCGCCUGCUGCUCGCGUACAACCGCGAAGCGGUGCGCAUGGUCGAGCGGGGCGACGCGACCGUCGCCGACAUCGACAAGGCGAUGGAGCUGGGCGCGGGAUAUCCCAUGGGCCCGUUCAAGCUGUAUGAUUACGUCGGGCUCGAUACGGCCGCGGCGGUGGGGAAGGGGUGGGAGCGGCGGGCCGACCAGGGGUGGAUUCCGCGCGCGUUCGUCGAGCCCAAGUCGAGACUGAUAGAGGAUAUGGUUGCGCAGGGCCGGUUGGGGCGCAAGAGCGGGCGGGGGUUUUACGAUUAUGCGGACGAGAAGAAGAAGCUGCGGUGAUGCGUUCGGGGAGGAGGCAGAGGACGACGGAGGAGGGAGGAGAGGGGUGUGAGGCGAAGAAACGAAGAAUAUCAAGGACUGGGUGGACACGAUGGUGGAGGUGGAGGUGGAGGUGGACGAUCGGACGAAGAAGAGAAAAGAAUGAGGAAAGAGGGACGCCCGACAUUACCCCGCCAGGUCGCCAGGUCGCUGUACCGCUGUGGCGUCCGGUCCGGGACGCCAUAUUGUUGCAAUGUUGUCUACAUGCAUCAGAAUGGAU